AUGUUGAAUCAGUCGUCGUCUUCCUCCACUAAAAAUUACAUUGAUGUUUGUGGCGAGAUUAGCGAAUGUAAUAGCACUGCAGCUUCGCAGCGUCUUCUUAGUGGUGGCACUGGUUCCAGACAGUUGAAGCAAGAGGAGCCAAUCACUGCUGCUACCAGUGUUUGUGCAGUCGCGAAUGAUACACCUAAUAUGAGCACUCAUGAUGAAGCUGGUUGCAUGGCCAGUCUAUUUCAGACCCCUCCUUGGGCGUCAAUGGCUAUUCUUCCGCCACAUAAUUUAGCCCAGCAGCAGGGAGGCGUCACACGAGAAGUUGUUGGAACUACAAAUCAUCCACUGGCAAUGCGUUAUUCAAGUUUUGAUGGAACUGCUGCCGCGGCUGCGAAAGAUCCUAUGAAUCCGAUGAAUGCACCUCUUUAUCAAGUUAGUAUUUGCCCUAAUGUUGUGUAUCAAAUGUUUAUACAUUUAUGCUGUGGUAAAUAG